AAAUUAAUGUUGAAGAAAGCUGGAUUUUCGAACAUUGAAAUACCUUCGGACAUUUCGUGUCAGAAGGAUUGUCCUACAUACUUAAGGAAAUUUAUUGGCAACAAUCAAAUUGAUUUUAUUUAUAAACAUAUCGACGUAGAAGAAGAUCUAUCAAUUACUGUGGAUACUCUCGACUUUAAUCAAACCAGUGAAAGCCUAGAUGGAAAUCCACUAAAAUUAGAAUUGGCAGAUGAGUCUUUCAAUGAUGUCAUGGUCGAGUAUAAAAGUGCAGCAAAAGUUCAAUUAUGGCAUAAAAGUGAAGCAAAACAUGGUUUUAUGCUACGGAAAGAUUCAAUAUUGAUUAUGAACAAUUUCUUAUCAAAAUGGAACAACCAAAAUGAUUACCAAUGGAUUUGGUUUUUGGUUGAUGCAAAAGAUUAUAUUUUGUUUGGAUCGAGGCAUCUUAAUGGUUGGUGGUUCAAUGCUCGUGUUAAACCAAUGCCUUCUGUUUUAUAUAAUGAUAUAAACUUGAAUGUAUUGUUGGAAAACUACAUUAAACAACAUAAGUUGGAAUAUAAUGAUGUAACUGUUAAUGUUUCUGUGGAGUAUGAUUUACGAAGUAAUGAUAUUGAAACUUUUGAUGAAGAAAAUUUAUCAGUACCCCCACCAAUGAAACUUCUAGCUUAUUGGAAUGAAUUAUCAUUGACCAUUCCAUUAUCAGGAAAGACAAUACUGCGGCAAGAUCUAUCUGUUGGGAGUGAGUCGAAAUCAAAACAUUUAUGGAAUGAAUUAUGUAUAGUUCAAGAGCUUUAUGAUUUAAUAAAGAAACAUCAAAAUACUUCAAGUGAUAUGAUAUAUAAAAUUAUCAUGCCUAGUAGCAGUGAUCCUGAUUUAUAUGUACCAGUCGAGGAAAAGUUACAAGAAAUGUUGCAUCAAGAUCAUGAUUAUGACAUAGAACCAGCAGAAGAAAUCCAAAGUUUUAAUCGAAUUGUAUUUAAUGGCCGGCUACAUCUUAGUUUUUGUGAUAAAAUUUGGACCAUUCUAAAAGAUGUAUCUUGUUAUUCACAAUUAGUCAAAUGCUUCAAUAUAAUUUUCAGUACAAUAGCUCAUGGAAAAGUUAAUAUACAGACUGAAGAAAAUACAAAUACACGAUUAGAAAGCCUAGUUUAUGAUGUAUUUCAUCAUAGAGCUGCCAUCCCACAUUUAUCUGGUUUACAACCUCUUGAACUCCUACUGGAGGCUGGAGUUGAGAAAUUGUGCAAGGAUUAUAUUUAUUUCUUUGAGACAUAUAAACUCUAUCAUAAUAAACUACCUUUCUAUGAAAUCCCAAAAGAAACAUCAUCGAACAUUGCAUACAGUAUGAUGAAACCUAGAUUAACUAUUCAUCCAAAUCAAGCAAAGCAAAAAGUUUUUAAUAGUUCUAUUGAUGCAAUAGUUUUUGAAAACUCUAGAUUUGAUGAAAAAGAAUACACCCAUAAAUUUAAAAUAUUAGCAAGAGUUCAUGUGGUUCUGGAAGCUUUAAUCAACAUUGAGAAACCUUCAAAAUCUGAAAUGAGUAAUCUUCUUGAGAUGUGCUCUAGCUUAAUGGAAACUGUCUUAAAUGAAAAAGAUCCUGACUACAAGCCUCCACAAUCUCUAAAGGAUUUGCAAAAAAAUGUUGAACAAACUAUUAACAUUCCAUUACAAACUAAAUAUGCUAAAUCAAUUAUAAGAAAUCCAAAUGAUCCAGAAUCGGUGCAUGUUAAAUUUUCAACUGAAAGAAGUACACGAAAAAUCACUACACAAUAUAGCUUUAAUAUAAGCAGUAUGUUUCCUCCACACUUAGUGCAGACAAAAAAUCUAGAUCAUCCGGAAACGGAUAGUAAAAGUCAACUAUAUAAUGUUGCUGCUUUCUUUAAUGUUGGAACUCCGGUUUGAUAAAAUUAUGAUUGGUUGUUACUAACUUUGUGUAAUGUUAACAAACUCUUGCUUCUA